UCCGAGUUGGAUGACCGUUCAAACGAAUUUUCCCAGUCGGAGCUCGUUUUUUCCCGAGUUCCCAGUUGUUUUCAAUGCACUGAAGUAGGAAAUCGGAGAUUUCCCAGUUUCGAGUUACCAGUUGUUUUGAACGCGGCAUUGCUUGGCUGGCAGUCUUCGGAUGUGACGGUUACAAAACAAUUGGAAUUGAGCUGAAAGUAUUUGCACAACGGAUUGAGAUGUCGAAUAAAUAACAUGAGGACUCCAAAAGGUCACCACGCCUUCAGCUGAGGACAUUGCUUUUUGUAGCGUGGGUGUUGGGCUACAUCGCCUUUCUGCUCGCAACUAGAAAGAUGUGGACGGGGAAAUACGUGCGCAGUCCACUCGCUCGUUCACUUUUCAUGAACAUGGUGAGCGAAAGCGAAGAAGCCGGACAAGAAACCCAGGAGUGGUACAGGUGUUCUCCAGACAUGUUGGGGGAGGUGGUUAGGCCUCUGUUUGUGCAGAGCCAUCUGGACCAGGACACCCAGGCUUUUCUGAGACGCAGCAUAGAAAAGUCUGGCUGGAUGUUCACCCAGUUCUACCACUCCUUCAUCUCCACUGUCCUCAGCCCCCUUGUGUCACGCACGUCCAUCAAUGGGUUCCUAGGUCGUGGCUCUAUGUUUGUGUUCUCUGCGGACCAGCUCCAGCAGCUGCUCCGCGUCGGCCCCGAGUGGCGAGGGGAGAGACUGCUGGACCUAGGGGCCGGGGACGGGGGCGUCACCGAGGUGAUGGGAGCCCACUUCAGAGAGGUCUACGCCACUGAGGUUUCUCCUCCCAUGAAGUGGCACCUCCAGAGGAAGAAGUACAGGCUUUUAGGUAUUGAUGAGUGGCAGCAUACUGGGUUCCAGUAUGACCUGAUCAGCUGUCUGAACCUGCUGGACCGCUGUGACGACCCCCUGGAUCUCCUCAGGGGCAUCCACCGCUCGCUGGUGCCCAGCACGGGAAGACUCAUCCUGGCCGCUGUCCUGCCCUUCCAGCCCUGGGUGGAGAUAGGUGGGAAGUGGCAGCGCCCCAGAGAGCACAUCAAAGUGAAGGGGAAGAAGUGGGAGGAGCAAGUCACCAACCUGUCCAAUGAGGUGUUCCGGGAAGUGGGGUUUGAGGUGGAGGCAGUGACUCGGCUGCCGUACCUGUGUGAGGGAGACAUGUACAAAGAUUACUAUGUACUGGACGAUGCUGUCUUCGUCCUGAAACCUGUGGAGGAGUGAAGUCAGUUACUGUAUCUUGGGGUGCAUCUCAAUUAUCCAAAUGUGCAUCCUUUCCUUGUCUCCUUCCUUCAUCUGCACUAAUCUUAAAACGAACGACCGUCCUUCCAACGGGACUGGACCAUAGAGAAUGGGCUGGUUCGACAUUGCAGCCGACAGUACAGGCGACUGCUGACUGACUGAUCUACAACUCAAUUAGCAUCAUAAAUAACUACUCAUUAUUUGUAGAUCGGUCGGUCAGUCACCAAUUACCCACAAUGCAUCAUGGAUUUGAUGCUCUCAAAUACGGCCAAUGAUAAAGUCGUCUAGGGGCCAAAAGGCUGUAUUAGAAUGAGCAGCGCCAUUGAGGGCUUCCACCAUUUUAAUGUAGUCAACUGGGUGGGACUUCCAAAUUCAUUGACUGAUCCCUCCUGGUGACCCUGUUGGGAGUCAUGUCCAACUGGGUCAUUCAUUAGUAGGGAUCAGCCAAUCGUGAAGAAAAUGUACUACUUCAAAAUGGAGAUGGCCUCAAUGGCGCUGUCACAGAUGCUAUAAUGGCACAGAUACAAAGAUGAGUCCGCUAUCUCUAUGGACUGGACAAGGUUUUGCCAUGUUGUUUUUACUCAUCCUGUGUUUUCAGAUGAGUGCAGACUGAGGAGAGGAAGCCACUUUAGACUAUAGUGAUGCAUCCGCUGACCUUUCCUAGAGCAUCUGUGUACAGUAGAUACAGUAGAAGGCUUCAUCUGACUGGCUGCUGGAUUUGUAUUGAAUUAGUGGAGGUUAAGCAAGAUAUUUUCUUAAUUACUAUUGAGAGGAUUUCUCAUUUACAUUGCCACUUUAAUUGGCUCUUUAAAGUCAGCUGGUGAAUCCUGGUUUGAAAUUUGGGUAGUGCCACUGUUUACCAACCGUCAUGUGUCAUACUGUGUCAUACCUUUACAUUCUAAGCAACAAAAAAAAUAAAAAAUGGAAGUUUGCCAUUGAAUAUAAUAACUUGAUUUGAAUAUAACAUAUCAUAACUCUGUAAAUGAUAGGGAGGGAGGAUCUCAUCUUCUGUGCCAACAUAUCACUGUGGAAAUUGACUGUUCUUGGUUGAAGUAUAGUGAUGUAAAUGUAUUGUCUUAGGUUGGGUUGAUUGGUCAUUUUUCCAACAAUAACAUUGUUGGACAUAACCGGCUGAUCUCAUUGAUUUAGUCAAGCACAGAUGGAGGGAAUUCUUUCCCUGUCUAGUUGUCUUAAGGUUUAAUUAUAAGCACACUGUUUCUAACUGUUGUAUUAUCAACUGGGCAGUAACGUUCUGUUACAAUGAAAUCUGGAUUGAUUACUUAUAGCAAUGUGAGGCAUUGUCAGUGAAUAUCUCCCAUCUACAGUUUUAUAGGCAGCAGAACAAGUUUACUUUAAUAAUGUUCCACUCAGUGUAUUUUACUUAAAGUAAUAUCACCUCAACAAAUAAAAUAUUUUUCUGUGA